AGCAAGUUUUACAUAUCUUGUACUCCAUGCUACACGACACCCCUGCACGUCACGCCCUCUCCCUCUCCUUAUUGCGUGCAGCACUCAAGAAUACUGCACUCUGCACUGACACUCUGUGCAUGCAUGUUAGGGAACUGUCCACAAACUUUGAGAGGUAAAUAGAAAAGGGCUAUGGAGGAGACUAGAGACGGAGGCAUUGCUGAUGGGGAAGCUAUGGAGCCUGAGGCUCAGAAAGGGAGCACAGAAAGCAUAUCCGAGGCCAGGGAGAAAUGGGCCAACAAGACUGAGUUCCUGCUGUCCAUGGCUGGGGAAAUUAUUGGCCUGGGGAACGUGUGGCGCUUCCCUUACCUGUGCUACAAAAAUGGAGGUGGUGUUUUCUUCAUUCCUUAUUUCAUCUUUCUCUUCUUUUGUGGAAUCCCAAUAUUCUUCCUUGAGACAGCGUUGGGUCAAUACACCAGUGAAGGGGGCAUCACUGCUUGGAGAAAAAUCUGCCCCAUGUUUGAAGGUGUAGGUGUUGCGUCCCAAGUUAUAGUGAUUUAUCUAAAUAUAUAUUACAUUGUGGUCCUGGCCUGGGCUCUGUUUUAUCUAUUCAACUGUUUCUGGAGCACUCUACCUUGGACUUCCUGUGACAACUAUUGGAACACAGUGAACUGCCAAAAUAUAAGUGCUACAUACACAGGUGUGCACAGACCUGAUUCUGACUGGUCAUUCCUGUACAAUGAGACGGAUCGAUUUGGUGACUACAGCAUGAGUUUCCAAAAUGAAUCCGAAUGGCCGCCUUUUAAAGUGACCUCCUCCGAACAAGAGUACUGGCUCCAUCGCAUGUUGCGGAUGACAGACAGUGGUGGUUUGGGGAGCAUAAAUGCUGAUCUUGCCAUGUGUCUUCUGUUGGCUUGGGUCAUCUGUUAUUUCUGCAUCUUUAAAGGAGUAAAGACCACAGGCAAGGUUGUGUACUUCACUGCUACGUUCCCCUACUUAAUGCUGUUCAUCCUUUGCAUCAGAGGAGUGACUCUGCCAGGGGCUGCAACUGGGAUUUCUUAUUACCUGUAUCCUGACAUCAGUAAACUCUCCAGUCCUGAUGUAUGGUGUGAUGCAGGCACUCAGGUGUUUUUCUCAUAUGCUGUGUGUCAGGGAGUCCUCACAGCGCUGGGCAGUUAUAACAAAUACAACAAUGACUGCUAUAAGGACUGUAUAGCACUCUGUCUUCUAAACAGCUGCACUAGCAUCUUUGCUGGGUUUGUGGUCUUUUCUAUUCUGGGGUUCAUGGCCCAUCAGCUAGAUCUACCAAUGGAAGACAUUGCAUCAUCAGGUGUUGGAUUAGCUUUCAUAGCAUAUCCUCGAGCCAUCUCUCUGUUACCUGGACCUCAGUUCUGGUCUGUUCUUUUCUUUCUUAUGGUACUCCUGCUGGGCCUUGACAGCCAGUUUGUGUGUGUGGAGAGUUUAGCCACAGCUCUCACAGACCUGUUUCCUGGAGUUCUAAGGAAGCGGCGAGAAGUUUUGGUGUUGGGGAUAGCUAUCAUCUGCUUCUUACUGGGACUGCCAUUCAUCACAAAGGGAGGAAUCCAUCUGUUCACUCUGAUGGACACCUACGGCCCGAGUGGAAUUAACUUGCUCUUUAUCGCCUGCUUUGAGACGAUUGUUGUCGCAUGGGUUUAUGGUGCAAACCGUUUCUACGACAACAUUGAAGAUAUGAUAGGAUAUGCACCAUUCAUUGUGCUGAAGUACUGCUGGCUCUUCAUUACCCCUCUCAUCUGUGCCGCUACUCUGCUGUAUAGCCUGCUGGGUAGUAAUUCUGUGUCUUCAGUUCAGUCUGUGCCAAACUGGAGUUACAAAUUUGCACCUCUGCUCACAGUCAUUCCUAUGGUCUGCAUCCCAAUCUUCCUCUUUGUCUCUUUAAGAAGGGGUCGUGACAUCAUCACCCCCUCUAGUGACCUGAAGCAGCUCCGACCAAACAGUCCACGCCUCACACUGUUUAAUUGUGUAAUCAUUAAACCACAGAGAUCUCGACACAUUCAGGAAGAUGGAGCAGAGAAAGCAAACACAGAACACAGUAGUGGAGUUUGAGAAGGCAGAAUGAUGAUUUUAUUUUAGGUGAUUAUAGAUAGAACUUUAGAUACUAUAAAAAGCAAUAACAUAUUAGUCAUAUUUAAUAACAUUAGUUCAUUUAAAUAUAAACUAUAAAUUAGAUUACCUUACAAACCAUUUUAUUGCAGUGUAUUAGGUUGUUAAUAAAUAUCACUCAGGAUGUCAAAUGAACAAAAUUAGGUUCAGCUGUUAAUAUGCAUAAUUAAGGGUAUUUAAUUUGUUUUAUUAUUUAUGCUGAUGUUCUCAGGAGAACUACAACUGUUUUUAUGAGUUCAAAUUGAGGGUUACUGCAGCUGAGGCAAUUUAAAACCAUUAAAUAUAUAUUUUGGGUGGGGGGUGGGGUUGAAGAAACACUAAAUAAUAGCAUCCUUUGGGGUUUGACUAUUGAAGCAAAAUGACUAUAUUUCAAGCUUCAAAAUUACCAUUUUAUGCAGUAAACUUUUUAGUUAUUAGUAAACAUAAACUUUAUAUAUGAAAUUUCAUAUGACAUAAUAGCAUGGAUCUCAGAAGUAAUUUUAGUAUGUUAAAUAUGUUAAGUUGUCAGGUUUACAUCUGUUUACAUUGUUAUCUUGUUUUUCUAUUUUAAAAAUUGUAAUUUGUAUUUUAGUUUUAACCAUUUGUCAAAAAAAAGAAGUCUCUGUAAUUAAAUUGGUGACUGAAACACUAAAA